GGUCUCAUCUUCAGACAAGUAAAACGAAACUCUUUUCUCUAUCUCUCUCUCUUUCUCUGCUCCCUAUCCAUCUUGUCUGAAUCUGUAACUAGCAAUGUCGGAGAGACCAAGCCGUCACCAGAGAAGACCUUCUCAGACCGUUUUCCCGAUCUCCCUCGAGGAUCUUUCCGACAUCUCUCUGACAGCCAAUCCUCCAUCAUCUAUACCUUCUCAGCCGCCACGCAAUCAGAUCCCUCUGCCAUCUCCGGCAGCUACUCCGGCAAACCGUAACAGCAACAACGACAAUGCUAGCAAGGAAGGGAACGCAUCUUCUAAUUGAUAUCGGAUUAUCCUUUGUUUUAAUUAAAAAAUAUAAGCCUUUUUGUUGUUGUUCUUCUGUCUUCUUCUAAAUCCCUCGCUUAAUGAUCAGAUUUGUCUUUGUUUAAUAGUAAUAACUUAAAAGAUGAUGAAUCGAUCGUAGUUUCGUA